GCCAGCGCAGGUGGCAGAGCCUUCGUUCACUGGAGUCGCCUCAGGACCCCAGACAUGAAGCUCCUCUUCCCCGCCCUGUUGUCCCUCGGGGCCCUGGGACUGUGUCUGGCUGCCCCUAAGAGAAGAGUUCGAUGGUGCACCAUAUCACCAGCAGAGGUAGCAAAAUGCAUCAAAUUCCAAAGGAAUAUCAAAAAAGUGCGUGGCCCCUCUGUCCACUGCAUAAAGAAAACCUCCCGCUUUGAAUGUAUCCAGGCCAUUGCGGCAAACAAGGCAGAUGCUGUGACACUUGAUGGUGGUUUGGUGUAUGAUGCAGGCCUGGAACCCUACAAACUGCGACCUAUAGCAGCAGAGGUCUAUGAGACCGGAGGGAAGCCACAAACCCACUAUUAUGCUGUGGCCAUAGUGAAGAAGGGCAGCGGCUUUCAGCUGAGCCAAACACGAGGUGUGAAGUCCUGCCACACCGGCCUUGGCAGGUCCGCUGGGUGGAACAUCCCUGUGGGGAUACUUCGUCCGUACUUGAACUGGACAGGGCCCCCAGAGCCCCUUGAGAAAGCUGUGGCCAACUUCUUCUCCGCCAGCUGUGUUCCCUGUGCAGAUGGAACACAGUACCCUAACCUGUGUCGCUUGUGUGCGGGGACAGGGACAAAUAAAUGUGCCUGCUCCUCCCAGGAACCAUACUUUGGCUACUCCGGUGCCUUCAAGUGUCUGCAAGAAGGGGAUGGAGAUGUGGCUUUUGUCAAGGAUAGUACAGUGUUUGAAAACCUGCCAGACAAGGCUGACAGGGACGAGUAUGAGCUGCUCUGUCCAGACAAUACUCGGAAGCCAGUGGAGGACUUCGAGAGGUGCCACCUGGCCCGGGUCCCUUCUCAUGCUGUUGUGGCCCGAAGUGUGGAUGGCAAGGAAGACUUGAUCUGGGAGCUUCUCUUCAAGGCACAGGACAGGUUUGGAAAAAACAAGUCAUCAGCGUUCCAGCUCUUUGGCUCCCCUCCUGAGACUAAGGACCUGCUGUUCAAGGACGCUGCUGUUGGGUUUUUGAGGAUCCCCUCGAAGAUAGAUUCUGGCCUGUACCUUGGCUCCGGCUACCUCACUGCCAUUCAGAGCCUGAGGCAAACGGCGGCGGAGGUGGAGGCGCGGCGCGCUCGGGUCGUGUGGUGCGCCGUGGGCCCUGACGAGGAGAGCAAGUGCAAGCGGUGGAGCGACCUGAGCGGCCAAAGCGUGGCCUGCGUCACGGCCUCCACCAGCGAGGACUGCAUCGCCCUGGUCAUGAAAGGAGAAGCCGAUGCCCUGAGCUUGGAUGGAGGAUAUAUCUACAUUGCCGGCAAGUGUGGGUUGGUGCCUGUCUUGGCAGAGAACCAAAGUAAGUGGGGGGACUAUUGCGUGCAUAGACCAGCGGAAGGGUAUCUGGCUGUGGCAGUUGUCAGGAAAUCUGAUGCCGACAUCACCUGGAAUUCUGUGAGAGACAAGAAGUCCUGCCACACUGCUGUGGACAGGACCGCAGGCUGGAACAUCCCCAUGGGCCUGCUCUUCAACCAGAGACGCUCCUGCAGAUUUGAUGAGUACUUUAGUCAAAGCUGUGCCCCUGGAUCUGACCCGGCAUCCAGUCUCUGUGCACUGUGUAUUGGCAAUGAUAGGGGCGAGGACAAGUGCGUGCCCAACAGCAAUGAGAGAUACUAUGGCUACACUGGGGCUUUCAGGUGCCUGGCUGAGAAAGCUGGAGACGUUGCAUUUGUGAAAGAUGUCACUGUCCUGCAGAACACUAACGGAAACAGCCCUGAACCAUGGGCUAGGGAUUUGAAGUUGGAGGACUUUGAGCUGCUGUGUCUUGAUGGCACCCGGAAGGCUGUGACUAAGGCUGAGGACUGCCACCUGGCCAGGGCCCCAAAUCAUGCUGUGGUAUCUCGGAAUGAUAAGGCAAAACACGUGGAAGAGGUGCUGCUCCGCCAACAGAAACUGUUUGGAAGAAAUGGACAGGAUUGCCCAGGCAAGUUUUGCUUGUUCCAGUCUGAAACCAAAAACCUUCUGUUCAAUGACAACACUGAAUGUCUGGCUGAGCUCCAAGGCAAAACAACGUACGAACAAUAUUUGGGAUCAAACUAUGUCACGGCCGUCGCUAACCUGAGACAAUGCUCAACCUCCCGUAAGUGGACCAUAGAUAGUGUUGCUGAGAAACCAUGGGUGAAGGUCAAGGUUGGAGGGCCAGACAGCAUUCUAGGAAUGAAGAUGGGUAUAAAGAUGUUAAGGCAAUAUAAUAUCUCUGUGCCUCAGGAAAUUAAAAUCUCAUUGAUGAGGUGAAAGAAUUAGAGAAUA